CAGUAGAGAGACACACAUCCGGAGCGACACAACAACCCUGACAGGAGGCUGGCUGACAGACUCACAAGUGAUACGUUACUUGCCUGAAAUAACAGUUUGCUCAGUGGAUCCUAUGGCUGAGACUGAGGAUAUCUUUCUCAGGGCGAAACAUCGGACAUUCAGCGGACUGACCGAAGAUGUGGAGCACGAGUGGACGGGACCAUUUUGCUUCAUCCAGGCUGCAGACCCCCAGCUCGGGCUGAUGAAGGCUUGGAAGGACGGCGACUGCGACGGCGGAGGUGAAGAAUGGGCCGAGGAAGUUGAGCUCACCAAGCAGGCGGUGGAGGCUGUGAACCAGCUCAGCCCCAGGCCCAGGUUCAUGGUGCUGUGUGGAGACCUGGUCCACGCCAUGCCAGGGACCCCAUUUAGAGAAGGUCAAGAACGAGACCUGAAGGGAGCGUUGAAGGGGACGGAUCCAUCGAUCCCGCUGGUGUUUGUCAGUGGUAACCAUGACCUGGGAAACACCCCAACUCCCGCAACAGUGGAACAGUACUGCAGUGCUUGGGGGGACGACUAUUUCAGCUUCUGGGUGGGUGGAGUCCUCUGCCUGGUACUGAACUCCCAAUUGUUCUAUGACGCCUCGGCAUGCCCUCAGCUGAAGGAGGCCCAGGAGAUCUGGCUGGAGGAGCAAUUGAGCAGAGCCUCCUCCUCCUCUUCGACGGAACCCAAACCCAAGCAUGUGCUAGUGUUCCAGCACAUCCCUCUGUACCUAAAGAGCCCUGAUGAGGAGGAAGACUACUUCAACCUGCAGAGGGGAAUCAGACAAAUCCUGCUGGACAGGUUCAAACGGGCAGGGGUGAAGGCGGUCUUCUCCGGCCAUUAUCACCGGAACGCCGGUGGUUGCCACGGCGGCCUGGACAUGGUCGUGAGCUCGGCCAUCGGCUGCCAGCUGGGCGAGGACACCCACGGCGUCAGGGUGGUGGUGGUGACUGCGGAUGAUGUCAUCCAUCGUUACUACAGCCUGGAGCUGCUGAGGGCGCGAGGCGUGGACGAAGAGCUCAAGAAGCUCCUGCAGGCCUGAGGGCGGAUGGAGCAGUCAGGCUUUUAUUUUUGUGAAUUGUUUAGAUUUUUACGGUUUUGAACCCCUCGUCAUAGAGGCAUAUGCCAGGAUUUUUGGAGAUGGAUUUGUUUAUCAACAAUGAAUGUCUACCAGCGGAAGAAAAAAAAACUAAUUUAAAGAUCUAAAUUUGACACACAUAAGUGUCUCUCUCCAUCGAAUGUUUUUCCUGGGAGCAUCUCUCAGCGUUCAAGGCAGUAUGGAUGUUAUUAUCUCUGUUCCAGCCAUAAAAGGGCCACACAGAGAUCAUUGAAUGUGUUAUAAAAACUAGCGGUUCUUUUGUGGAGAAGCAUUACCUUUACACACAGUUUUCCUAUAUCUGAAGUAGCAUUACAUCCUCUCUGACACCCACCCUGUCUGUCUGUGUUGUGUUAAAGUUUCAGACAAAAACAUUAUGCUGUAGUCAGAUGUUGUCAGCUUAAGUUCUAAAUGUAUCAAAACUUGUCUGAUCUUUUUUCUUUUUAGAUUUUUCACCCCCACAACUAUAAAAUCUCGUUUGGAUUUCAGGUUAUGUUGUGUUUGGUGUGUAGUGUAGCUUUUUUCCCCCCCACACUUUCAGCAGAUGACUGUAGUAACAAGACACAUGCAAGAUGAAAUCUAUCACAGAAGAGGAAGAGAAAGAAGCCCUUUACCAGAAAACAGUGCAGCUACAGGGCAUGUUUGGAAUCAGUAAUGCCCCACUUUUUUGCACUUGGUGUCAGUAUUUCAUGUUUCUUGUUGUCGUAGCUGUUUCUAAUAUGUUUGCUGUUGCUGCAAAUUAACGCCUUGUUGGCCAUCCUAUGCAAGCUAAUCACAUCGCUGUGUGAGAGUGAGUGAGUGAGUGUAUUUUUUAUUUUUUUUUAUGUUUAAUGUGUUACUUUCCUUGACCCGGUCAUAUGACCCCUGACCUCAGAUCAGAGCAUUAAUUGACUCCAGAGGUCAUUUUCAAUCUAUAUUAAUAGUAACAGAAAUAGCAAUCUUGUUUUGGACUCAAACUUAAAGUUAUAAUCCUUAAGAUUUCAGCUCAGUGUGGCCGUCCACUAUAAAAAAAAAUCCUAGGAGGAGCUCUAAUACGACUGGGAUUGAGGCUGAUAUCUUUGAGAAUUGAAAUUGAAUUGAAAAUUGAUUACAAUGGAUUACAUGCUUCAUUGUUUCAUGUGAUUGCCCUGUGCACGUGAAGGCAAUUUAAAGCCAGCACAAGAAAACUACCAUAUAGAGAGAUAAUAAACUGAAUAUAAAUACAUUGAAUAGCUAUUGCAGAAAGAAACUACCAUAAAUAAUAUUUAAAAAAUUAGGUUUGACGUCAUUAAAAUCUUAAGAAUUAUAACUUCAGUGUCUUUUUCCUUUGUUGGUUUAGACACCAGAGCUUAUUUGUGUCUAAGCAAUCGCCGCACUUUAAUGUAUUGUAUUCUAACAGAGGUUCACUCACUUAAAAAUCAGAGGAAAUCCAUUACUCUGCAUUACUCCAUGACUGUUAAAUUACUGUGGGGUGAUUGUUGCAAUUUCCUUUUGGUUUAUUUCUAGUUACUUGUUUAUGAAAAGCGUUGAUCAAACUCACUGCGAUUUUUUUCCCCUCACUGUGAUGUUUUGUGUUGAAAAUAUUUCAUCAUCGGAUUAUCGUUGCAAAUGAAAAUGUAUGUUGCAGCACUUUCACAUCACACAUAUCUGCUCAUGUCAGGGAUCUUUGCAGCACGCUCUGCACAUAAGGACAUUGCGAGUAAGGUUAGUAAAAUAAAUGUGAUUAUGUUGUUAAACUCCAAACUAAAAGACUGGUGUUAGGCUCAUAACAUGUAGUGAUAGAGAUGUGGUCUGUUAGGGAUUAAUAUGGGGACGCAGUAUUUUGUGACUGGUUAGUUAUACAGUAGCUGAAGCAACCACAGUUUUGCAGCCUAGUAGCCACAGGCUUAUUUGGAAGCUCCCAGUCCUGAAAUUGUCUUUCAAAUGGACAUUUCUGCAACAAAAUUACUUUAUCCAUGAGCCCUAAAUGACUCUACUCGAUUACACUUUCCACACAUACACACACACAGACUCUCACUCUCACCCUGACUGACUGGGAAUGUAAGAGUUGUCAUGGCAACCCUUUAGCAACACAUCUGUGUGUGUGUGUCUCAGAGAGUGAGUGCGAGUGUUGGAGAGAGAGCGUACAUACUCUGCAUGUGUGUGCGUCCGUCUGUGGUCUGGUGGGUACUGUAGGUGAAUUUCCAUCAGCGACACAUUCUCUGACCUCAUUUCACACUGACGGAUUCUGUCUCUUUUCCAAAAAGUCAGCAUGUGAUGGAGGGAGGAGGAGGGGGCGUCUGAAAGGAAUGGAUAAUGAGUGUGAUGUGUGAAAGAUGACUCAGUCCAUCUCCUUCAUUUCCUGUCUGAGAAGGAACCUUAUGUCCUUAUCUAUUUUUAUAUCCUCAUGGUAGCCGAGCUCAAUCACAUUGUUCUUUAUCUUUUUUUUCUUUUCUUUUUUUGUAUGUGUGUGAAUUUCUUUUAGAGUGCGUUUGCUCUAUGAAUUGGGGGAACAUCACACGCUUUGACUUGUUCCUGUGUUGAAUUCUAAUGAAUGACUAUACCGAGAAC